AUGGCCGCUGGCAUGGUUCUCCUUGCAGAAGCCUGCAGUUCCCACCUUAGUAUUGAUGCCACAACACAAGAGCAAAUACGCAGCAUACACAGAGCUCAGAGCUCGACAUCUCACCCAGUCUUCAGGCGCCGAUGGCAGUGCCGAAGUGCUGGCUCCCAGGUGAACUGGGAAGAAGUCGCUGUGGAAACUGAGAAGCCUGCGAAAGCAAUAACGAGCCGCUCGGCGCGAACGCGACCAAGUACCUUCCUCGAUUUCGAGUUCAUUGAAGGGGGCUUGGAAGAACAUGCUCGACAAUCUCACGAAUCUCACGAGACCUGGAUCAGCCUUAGGGAGGCUGUGCAGUUGUCUCUGAGCCGGUGCAACUUGGACACAUUUCUGUGGUGGCGACACGCGGCGGAUGCUCGCAAGCGGCUCCUGUCAUGGAAGUCGACGGUGCGGACUCCUGAGGAUGCCGCCGAUGCAACGGCCAUCAUCGUGUCUUGCGCACGUGCACGCGUAGAGCCACGAACAGGCGUUUAUGCUUCCUGGAUCCGGGCAGUUCUGGCUGCAUCGAGCAAUACGAAGCCGCUGUUUUCCAUUGGGGAUGUGUCGGCUGCCGCUGCUUUCUUGGGCACAACUGGAGCUCUCCCGGCUGAUGCCAGAUUUUGGUAUGAUGGCUUUCCAUCUGUUGUCAGUGCUGGAGCUUCCUCGGCCUCUGCAUCAGAUUUGGCACGGGCAGCGGCAGCCUAUGCUUGCAUCAGCCUCAGCGCUGCUCCUGGCGAGGCUGGAGAGACUGUCUUCGUGCAGGUAGAAUCCCAGCUUCCACACGUAGAAGUCUCUGCCCAUGAUGCUGCCGUUUUCCUAUGGGCACAACGACGUUGCGGACGACUGUCCACAGCAACAGUACUUGAUCUGUGGGUGGGGUCCCUUGAUGGCAGGCUCAGUGAACUGAGUCCGGUGCUCCUGGCAGCUGUAUCGCAUGCAGUGGCCAAUGCUGGACUGCCUGCUCUCUCGGCGGCAAAGAGUCCGGCGGCGCAGCUGUUGCGGUCGCUUAGCAGACGUGACAGCGCGGCUUCAGUGGACCUCCUCUGUCGAAGUGCUGGAGCUUUGGCGGAUGCAGGUUUAAUGGCACCCGCAGAUGCCUGGAUGGUGGUUGAACUGGCCGGGCCAGCCCUGGAGCAAGUAUCUGAUGUGGCCCGAGCGGAGCUCCUGCGCAUGCUGGCCCUUCUUGGAAUCAGUGACGGUCCAAUUCUGGCACUCCUUCAAGCCAGUGCGCCACUGAAGGCGCCUGCAGAAACGUUGCAGCCACCCGACUGGAGUGCCGCUGGCCUGCCUACGCCGCAGACCCUUGGCCGGAGCAGUGAAUCGCCCUUGGCUGCGCAGGCAGCUUCGGCCUUCCUCGAGGCAUCCGCGCUUCUUCCGAAGAAUGGAGCGCCGCGGGAAGCUGUCGAAGCGUGCUACGAGGAAGUGGCCCUGCAUGCUGGAGCUUGUGCUGCCUGCACACUGCUGCGCUCUGCGCUGGCCCUGGCGUCUCUGGGACUCGGCCCGGCCGCUGCCAAGCUGGUCUCUCUGCUGAAUGACAGGGUGAAUGAGGCUCAGACCACGGAGGCAAUGGCAGCGACACCCUCUGUUCGGUUGCGGCGGUUCUUUAACGAUGCAGCAGAGGCGGAGGAGCUCUUAAGGCUGCUUCCGGCACUCCCACCUCAGCCCAGCGCAGCCUUGCUGCGUGGGAUCGUUGCCUUCCUUCGUGAAGCCGGGGCUGGUGGUCGGCUUUCUGCAGAUCAAGGAGCCAGCAGCAUACUUUCGUGCUCCCUUCUCGAUCCUCCUGUGGACGUAUGGGAGCUGGUGACUGACACUUCGGUCGAGGUGGCAACACUGAAGGCACACCUUUCCUUCCCCGCGCUGCUCCAGCUCUGCCUUGCAGCCCUCCUGAAGGCCUGGGACGUACAGGAGAUGCACCGGUUGGACCUGGUUUUGUCUCAGAUUGGCCGGAGCUCGUUGUCCGAACAACGCCGGGGUCACAGCAGCACAGGCUCUGAGCUGGCGAUUCUGCAGCUCAUGGAGGCCGUCUCUCAGCCCCAAGUGGCCCAAGCAUGGCAACUCGAGGUGCCUUCGAAGGUCUGCCCGACUGCGGUGGUCAGGCCGGCUCCGUGGCUCUACGCCGGGGAGGCCUCAAAGCGAACAGAUGCAUGGCUGCAGCUCCUGCUGAUCAAUGAUGACGGAUUUGCAGCCAUCGAGUGCCUAGCUGGCCUUCCAGCAAUCGGAGCUGCGCGACAGCGGCUGUCCCGCGUCUUGCUUCGCGAGACCAGUGUGCAGCGUGGCAAAAGCGCCUUGUUCGGCAUGUUCAAUGUCUUCUUCUUGGCAGUGUUCUACUGGGACCUGUUGGUUCCAGCUUUAUGUCACAUCUUCACAGCGAUGCUGCUGGGUGGUGGUGCCAUCAGGUACACGGCACCGCAGGCAGCCGAUCAGAACAUGGACCUGCUCUCCCAGGAUGCCAUCAAGAGCGCAGUGGAGACAAUAUCCAAGUUCUUGAAAGUGAUUUCUGAGAAGGCAGCCAGUGAUCCAAAUCCAGGCAGCCAUCAACUUUGUGAUCUUCUGAACCCGCUCCAGGUGCGGAACAUUGUCCUGUGGACUAGCUCAGAGGCGACCAUUACAGACUCGUUUCUCCCUACUUUGGUGAAGCUGGCUCGCUUGCAGAAGUGCAAUUCCUUGGAAGGGCGGGAAUACAUUGCUGUUAGCAGUGAUGACCUUUUGGCGAAGGUGCCCAAGUACACGGAUGUGGUCAAAGAAGAGCACGCCUGCCAUGCUUUGGCUUCAGACUUUGUAGAUCUUGCUUGGCGGGAAGUCGCGAAAACUACCAGUGGCUCCUUAGGAGCUUCCGGCAAGUGCGAACUGUAUGCAACUUUCAGACAGAUGGCUGAAUGUUCAUCAAGAUGGUUGUAUCAGUUGAAUUAUACUGGGGCUUCUAGAGGAUCUUCUUUUGGUGUUUACAUUGCUUGA